CUGUGCGGACGCGGACCUGUCCUCCAGCGGCCGGGUGUGCGCCGCGGUCGCCGACUGCUGACGUGGCCGGCGGGGCUGGUCGCCAUGGCGGUGGACAUCACCUUGCUGUUCCGGGCCAGCGUCAAGACAGUGAAGACGCGCAACAAGGCCCUGGGAGUGGCCGUCGGCGGCGUCGAUGGCAGCCGCGACGAGCUGUUCCGCCGGACCCCCCGGCCGAAAGGGGACUUCUCUAACCGAGCUCGCGAAGUGAUUUCACAUAUUGGCAAACUGAGAGAUUUUCUUCUGGAACACAGGAAAGAUUAUAUAAAUGCUUAUAGCCACAUUCUGUCUGACUAUGGAAGGAUGACAGACACGGAGCGAGACCAGAUAGACCAGGAUGCCCAGAUCUUCAUGAGGACCUGCUCGGAAGCCAUUCAGCAGCUCAGGGCGGAAGCACACAAGGACGUGCACUCCCAGCAGGUGAAGGAGCACCGGACUGCCGUGCUGGACUUCGUCGAUGACUACUUAAAAAGAGUGUGUAAACUUUAUUCAGAGCAGAGAGCCAUCCGAGUUAAACGAGUGGUGGAUAAGAAGAGAUUAUCUAAACUGGAACCAGAGCCAAAUGCGAAGACAAGAGAAUCCACCUCUUCUGAAAAAAAAGUGUCCCAGGAGCCUUCAAAAGACUUGGAGGAAAAGCCUGCCUCUGAAGAGGCUCCAGAAAAGAUUGUGUCUGAAGCACAGCCUGAAUCGGGCACCUGGGGAGAUGGCAGAGGCGAAGACGAGCUGUCUCCAGAAGAAAUCCAAAUGUUUGAACAAGAAAACCAGCGACUCAUCGGUGAAAUGAAUAGCUUGUUUGAUGAAGUCAGGCAGAUUGAAGGGAAAGUGGUUGAAAUUUCCAGACUCCAAGAGAUAUUUACAGAAAAGGUGUUGCAACAGGAAGCGGAGAUUGACAACAUCCACCAGCUAGUGGUCGGAGCAACUGAAAACAUCAAAGAGGGCAACGAAGACAUAAGAGAGGCCAUUAAGAACAACGCUGGCUUCCGUGUGUGGAUCCUCUUCUUCCUCGUUAUGUGUUCCUUCUCCCUGCUCUUCCUCGACUGGUAUGACAGCUAGCCUGGCCAUUGGGCCUGCUGGCCUCAGGCAGUGGCGCCAGCCAUCUGCACGGACGCUUGGCACUAAGACAUGCCUGUGACCAGGUUGGCAGCACACUGCUUGAGGGGACAAGGGCUCAAGACACACCUGUGUAUUCUCACCAAAGGGUCUCCCAGCCCAGUGGCCCAACCUGCUGAGCAGCUGGCCAAGAAAUCAAUGAACACAGCA